AUGCAUUUGAUGACCAAUAAAAUAUUAAUUACUAGACAACCGUUGGUAUACUUUACACGUAUCGAGACGUUUGAUUCGGCUCAUCGUCUGAAUAGCGGACAACUGGAUGGCCAGACAAAUCGGGAAACGUUCGGCAAAUGUAAUACAAUUCACGGCCACAACUAUCGGGUAGAGUUGACUGUUAAGGGAACGGCCGAUCCGGUAACGGGUAUUCUGUGCAAUAACUAUGUACUCAAAGAGAUUAUGUCGGAUACUAUAUUGAAACCGUUUGAUCAUAAGUUUAUCGAUGAAGAUGUCAGCUAUUUUAGGGAUGAUAGUCAUACGUCAACAUUGGAAAACAUUGUUAUCUAUAUAUGGAAAGCCGUUUCCGAUAGAUUGCCAACAAAUGUUAGGUUACAUCAAAUCAAAUUGUAUUCAACUGAGAAAAAUGUGGUCACUUUUUCGGGUGAAUUUGAAUAA